GCCCCUCCUCCGCUCGCGGGAGCUCCUGACAGACGAGGGGGCGGUGCGCCCGCUGACCGAGCGCCUGAGGGGCCCGGCCCAGAGUUGCCAAGGAGUUUUCACGUCCCUCCCCACCCCUCAAGGAAACCUUGUCCCCAAGUCCCUGUGUCGUGGCACCCUCGUCUAGCGCUGUACCUGCGUCACACAGGCAUGUGACGUCACUCGUCACCCUGUGACGUAACCCGUCGGGGAGCGUGAGGCGGUAAGGCCUCCCGAGGCCCGCUCGGUCCGUUACCCCCGUGGAAUGGCCUCACCCCUUCGGGGAAAGCCCUCGCGGCCCCGGGCGGCGGCCGCCCGCUACGAGGAGACGUCGACGGUACGCGUAGAGACCUCGUCCCACCGCGUGGAGACAUCCUCCCGCCAGGUGCAGACGUCCUCCCGGCGGGUGGAGACCACCCAGCACUGCAGCGAGGGGCCCUCCGUCUCCCCCUCUGGGAAACGGCUCCCUCGCGUCGUCGAGGUGUCCCAGCACGUGGAAACCUGGCAGCGCACGGAAACAGCCUCCCGCCGCGUCAGGGCCUCGUGCCUGCGGGUGGAGACGACUCUGCACCGCGUAGAGAGCCCGCCGCGGCAGGAGCAGCCGGCAGGCCGCCAGAAUGUCCAAAAGGCCCCAUGAGAUGCUUCCUUCUCCAGGGCCACGACAGGGCCAUGGCCCGUGGCCAGUGCAGAUCUGCCUCCAGUUCGCAGCCGGCCUGCUGCCAGGUGGACCGAUUCCCUUUGGUUUCCUGGAAACAGUCCACAAUCCACAAAUCAAUGUAAGAAAGAGCCAAGCUGUGGUUUCAGGACUCAGCCAACAUUCACUGACCCAGCUGCACCUUGGACUAUCCUGCCUUUGACCCUGUGAACUGUUUUAACUUGAAACCAGCACAAAAAGUUCCGGGCCCCGGAUACUGUAUGAAUUGAGUCGAUGGACAAAGAGGCUCUUUGAACCUCUCAGACAGACUGACCUUCCCAUUGACUGAGAAACCAGACCUCGGAUAAGUGAAUUCACCUCUCUGGGCCUCACCGCCCCCACUGAAAAUGACAUCUUUGGACUAAUCUUUAGAUCUGUGACUCCCAGAGUGAGAAAUUGCAGACACUGCUGAUGUGCAAGAUUACUUCAGGAGGCAAAACCAACCCCUGGUGACAGAAAUCAGAUAGUGGUUGCUUGAAGAAGGUACAGACUCCUGGAAGGGACAAGAGAAGCUUCUUAAGAAACAGUAUCAUAAUGAAAAGUCUUCAAAAGAACUGACAUUAAUAUGCUCAGAAAGAUUUUUUGAAAGAAACUUUCUGGAAGAAGAAAAUAUGAAAACAGACUAUUCAAAGAACAAAGAAGCACUUUUGGAAAUUAAAAUGUAGUAGCAGAAAUUUUAAAAAAAUUCAAUAGAAAUCUUGGAAGGUAAAGGUGAGAAAACCUCUUGAACAAUAAAGCAAAAAGAAAAACAGAAGGGAAAAGUAGGAAAGAAAGUAUAACAAAAGUAGACUACUGGUUCAGGAGAUCCAACAUUAAAUAACAGGAGUUCUAGAAAGAGAAGCUAGAUAAAGUGAGAGGGGAAGAAAUAAGCAAAGAAAUAAUUUAAUAAAAAUUUCCAGAACUAAAGGUCAUUAGUUUUCUGAGCCUUCCAAGUGCAAGAAAAGUCAAAAUACUGACAAAAGUGGCAUUUAAUGUGAAGUUUUAGAGCAUUGGAAACAAGAAGAAGAGCCUGUGGAUUUCCAAAGAGGAAAAAUACAGCAUAUUUCAUAAAAAAUCAAGAGCCAGAAUGGAUUUAAACUCAACAACAACACUGGAAGUUAGAAGACAAUGGAGAAAUGCCCUUACCUUUCUGAGGGAAAGUGCUUUUCAGCAGAGAAUUCUAUAUUCUGAGGAAUAAAAAAAAUUUUUUUUAAUUAAGGAAAACACCUAACUGAAGGCACUGAAGAGAAAAAAUAUACUGCCCAACACUUGGAAGAAUGCUGACAUUAGUUACCAUUUGGGACAAGGGCACUAAGCAAGUUUCUAUUUUUACAGCUUUUAGUCUAAGGGCAGGCCACCUAAAGCUUCCUAGAAAAUCCUCAUUCUUUCUGGCCUGAAGGAACAGAGAACAACCACAGCAGCUGGAAAGUGUUGGGGGUAUUGCAGAAAGAACAGUGUCAGGGAGAUGAGUUAGUUCUGCACAUAAACUCUUCUCAAAUCCCUGGAUGACCCUAAAUCACACAUAAUGAGGCACAUUUAGACAAUCUAGCUACAUAUAAAAAUUCGAACAGAGAUUUGAUAUUCAGAGUCUUCAUUUGGGAGUUCCUGUCAUGGCUCAGUGGUUAACCAAACCGACUAGGAUCCAUAAGGAUGUGGCUUAGAUCCCCGGCCCCACUCAGUGGGGUAAGGAUCUGGCGUUGCCAUGAGCUGUGGUGCACGUCGCAGACGAGGCUCAGAUCCCGCAUUGCUGUGGCUGUGGCUUAAGCCAUCAGCUACAGCUCCUAUUCGACCCCUAGCCUGGGACCCUCCACUUGCUGCAGGUGUGGCCCUGAAAAGAUAAAAGACAAAAAAAGUCUUCAUUUGCAUCCAAUCAGUUAAUUGCCUGCUUACAAAAUAACUCAGUGCUUUUCAGAGGACUUUAACAGAACCCAGAAUCUCUAUAGCAUAGUAGUCACAAUUCCAAGACUCAAUCCCAAAUAGCCUGACAAGCAAAGAAACAGAUAAAGAGGGACUCAUUCUCGAAAAAUACAAUCAAUAGAACCCAAUUCCAAAAUGACCCAUAUGUAGGAAAGGAUUUUAAAAUAGCUAUUGUAAUCAUGCUCAAAAUCAUGAAGAAAAAUAUGUUUCUGAUAAGUAAAUAGGAAAUCUCAGCAGAUAAAACUGUAAAAAUAAAUAGAAAUUCUAAAAUUAAAAAAUACAGUAUCUGAAAUUGCAAAUUAACAGCAGAUAGAAGAUGAUAGAAGAGUCUGUGAACUUGAGGCUAGAUCACUAGAAAUUAACCAAUCUGAAGAACAGAGAAAAAAAAUUUUCAAAAAGAACAGAACCUCGAGUACUUGUGGAGAAAUGUCAAGCUGUCUAACAUACACUUAGAGUUAUAGAAGAAGAGAGAAAUGGCAGGGCAGAAAAACUAUUUGCCAAAAAUAACUGAAAAUUUCCAAGAUUUGGCAAAAGGCAUAAAUUUAAAGAUACAAGAUGCUGGAGUUCCCGUCAUGGCGCAGUGGUUAACAAAUCCGACUAGAACCAUGAGGUUGCUGGUUCAAUCCCUGGCCUUGCUCAGUGGGUUAAGGAUCUGGUGUUGCCGUCCGUGAGCUGUGGUGUAGGUUGCAGAUGCAGCUUGGGUCCCGCAUUGCUGUGGCUCUGGCAUAGGCCAGCGGCUACAGGUCUGAUUCGACCCCUAGCCUGGGAACUUCCAUAUGCCGCGGGAGCGGCCCCAGAAAAGGCAAAAAAAAAAAAAAAAAAAAAAAAAAAAAAGAUACAAGAAGCUUAGCAAAUCUCAAGAAAACUCUACCUAGGCAAAUCAUGGCUGAAAACCAAAAAUAAAGAGAAGCUCUUGACAUCAGCUGAGAAAAAUGGCAGAUUACAGGGAAGCAACAAUUCAAAUGGCCAUGGACUUUUCAUCAGAUACUCUGGAGAGCCGGCAACGUUUUUAAUGUAGUGAAAGAAAAAAGAAUCUGUCAACCCAGAAUUCUAUAUGCAAUGAAAAGCUCCUUCAAGGAGUUCCCAUUGUGGCUCAGUGGAUUAAGGAUGCAAUGCAGUCUCUGUGAGGAUGUGGGUUUGAUUCCCAGCCUUGCUCAGUGGGUGAAGGAUGUGGCGUUGCUGCAAGUCACCGUAUAGGUUGCAGAUGUGGCUCAGAUCCAGUAUUGCCAUGACUGUGGUGUAGGUGUGCAGCUGCAGCUCUGAUUCGACCCCUAACCUGGGAACUUUGAUAUGCUGCAGGUGUAGCUGUUAAACAAAGAAGAAGAAGGAGUUCCCGUCGUGGCGCAGUGGUUAACAAAUCCGACUAGACCAUGAGGUUGCGGGUUCAAUCCCUGGCCUUGCUCAGUGGGUUAAGGAUCUGGCAUUGCCAUGAGCUGUGGUGUAGGUUGCAGACUCUGCUCAGAUCCUGCAUUGCUGUGGCUCCGGUAUAGGCUGGCGGCUACAGCUCCAAUUCGACCCCUUGCCUGGGAACCUCCAUAUGUCAUGGGAGCAGCUCAAGAAAAGGCAAAAAGACAAAAAAAAAAAAAAGAAGAAGAAGCAAAGAAAAGAAAGAAAAGAUCUUUGAAGAAUUGAGACAAGGGGUUCCCAUCAUGGUGCAGCGGAAAUGAAUCCUACUAGGAACCAUGAGGUUUCAGGUUCGAUCCCUGGCCUCGUUCAGUAGGUUAAGGAUCCGGUGUUGCCAUGAGCUAUGGGGUAGGUCACAGAUGAGGCUUGGAUCUGGGGUUGCUGUGGCUGUGGUAUACGCUGGCGGCUACAGCUCCGAUUGGACCCCUAGCCUAGGAACCUCCAUGUACCGCUGGUGCAGCCCUAAAAAGACAAGAAAGAAAGAAAGCUGCUAAUCCUUCUUUAAAAUGAGUGGCUGCUGGAGUUCCCGUCGUGGCGCAGUGGUUAACGAAUCCGACUAGGAACCAUGAGGUUGCGGGUUCGGUCCCUGCCCUUGCUCAGUGGGUUAACGAUCCGGCGUUGCCGUGAGCUGUGGUGUAGGUCGCAGACGCGGCUCGGAUCCCGCGUUGCUGUGGCUCUGGCGUAGGCCGGUGGCUACAGCUCCGAUUAGACCCCUAGCCUGGGAACCUCCAUAUGCCGCGGGAGCGGCCCAAGAAAUAGCAACAACAACAACAAAAGACAAAAGACAAAAAAUAAAAUAAAAUAAAAUAAAAUAAAAUGAGUGGCUGUUCAUCACUCAUGCUGUGCCUCUUCAUGACAUGUGCGCAGUCAGCCUUUUCUGAGAGUAAAACAUGCUCAGGGUCUAAAUUUUUUCUCUUUCAUUUUUCCCACCCAAAAAGUGACAAUGAAAGAUUUAAUGUACAUGGUCGUUUGUCCUGUGUCACAUGAGAUUUGGCAGCACCUAAGAUGGCCAUGACCGAGGUCUGGGAAAUCACCUGUGAGAGGGAGGAAGACCAGAACACUGACCCUGAAAUGUCCCUUUGGAGCACUGGAGCAGUGACCAUUGGGGUCAAAGAGCGGUGCUGGGAUUGCUGAUUGAAUGGGGAUGGGGUGGGGGAAGAAGGUGAGGAGACGCUUUGAGCAGGAAAAGAGCUGAAAAUGUGGAAACAGACCCCUGAAGGAAGGGGAGGGAAAGCUCUUGGGACCACAGUUGCAGAAUGCCAUGGAGCUGCUGUUUCUUGCCCAUGAGUUUAAUGACGAGGUUCCUCUCCUCUGGAUGCCAACUAAGCAGGAGGCGGCAGGGCAUCCCCGGACUUUGCAGCCCAGCCAGGCUUGGAGUCUGCCCCAAGCGCAAUCAUAGAUAUUCCCAGGCUUGAAUUUCGUCCAGAGACUAGUCAUUUGAUGCAAUUGCCUGUGGUCUGAAAAACAAACUCCCACCCAAACAUAUUGUACUUGGGGAGACUGCAAUCUCAGUGAUCAUGUCUCCAGGGACUCAGGCCCACUCUGACCACAGGAUCUUCUGCAGGCAUGGCCCACGAAGUGUGCGCAAUUCCACCAUGUAAUUUUUGUCUGGGAAGUGAAAUACCUCUGUCCUUACAUCACUUUCCUUAGCUUUGCGAUCCCUUGAAAGAAUAUAGCCUGACUGAGAUCCCUUCUCAAAGCCAGCUCUGGAAAUCACCUUUUAAUAUUCUCUCCUGUCGUCCAUGACCUUGCACAGCUUUCACACACAAUUUCUCAUUUUAUCCUCAAAACAGUGCCUGGAGAUAUGUAUUAUUAUUCCUGCUUCCUGGACCAGCCCAGAGUUUCUGCUUCCCCUUCCCCCUCCUCCCAGUGAAAGGUAACAUUGGGCAGCGCAGCCAAAUCACGUCUGAGGGAUUGGUUCCCAGUGACAACCCUUACCCCCCUCCCCUGACCCACAGGCCUGACACAAAAGGGGUUGCCGGAAACGCCUGACAGCUGCCAAGCGGGUAGCCACAGUGUCCUGGAGAGGAAUCCUGAGCUCACAACAGAGCAUUUCACAUCUAGCUUUUUUUUUUUUUUUAAUGGGGUUGGGGUUGGGGAGGGGUUGGUGACCAGCCAAAGACGGGUGGCAGCAUGAUGAAAUCAUGCAAGCCCACAGCACUGAUUCAUGUCACGUGGGAAUGGGGACAGCUUUUGUGCCAACGAGAAUGUGCCUGGUUACACACUCCAGCUAAAAAUAGUAAUGGCUCAGGAGCAGGCAUGGUGGUCAAAAAGAAAUUUUCUUUCAUCUGUGAUACUCUGUUUUUAAAGAAAAUAUAUUUCUACAUUAGUUGUAGAAUUAUAAGUUAUCUUUAAAAUUCAAAAGGAAAUGGCCUCUGCUGCUGCUUGGAGAGCCCUGGGUUUCUGGAGUGGGGUGGAGUGGAGUGAGGGUCAGAAGAGAUUUCUUCUGCCCUAAUUAGCUCACGCCCGCAUCCUUCACACUGGUUCAGCUCAGCCAGCUUUUGACAGCCCACUGGUGAUCAGCCCAAUGCUUCAUGGCUUUCAAAGCACACGCAUGUGGUCCCUCUGGCAGAAGGAGCCUGACAAAAGAGAUGAUCAGUCUCAAAUCACCUAUACCCCUGGUUGGGUGAGGACGAAUUGGGAUGACAGACAAGCAGAGACAGAACGAGAAUCAGAGGCAGAGGAGGUAGGUCCUGUAUCAGUGAUAACAUCAGAGUUGGCCUUGAAGAACUGGUGGAAUUUUGCUAUGUGAGGAAGGUAGGGUGCAGGGGUUGUGCUGUCCGGAAAGAGGAAACCUCUUGGAAGACAAUUAAAAUGUAGAUGGAAAAAUUCAUGGUCAUUUCCAAUUCCACUGCCACGGCCCCCUGGCCCUGAUUCCUGUCCUCUAAGACAUCUCACCUGUGCAGCCCUCUUUGACUGGCUCCCCUCCAUCCUGGGGGAAUAUCAGCAGGAGGCAAUGUGCGUGAAGGCUCAGGUUUUUUUCCAGUAUUGUUGAGAUUCUCAAAACUGUCCAAUGAUAGACAGGAGUAGGAAGCAAAGGUCAGAAGGAUUAUAGAAUUUGAAGGGAAUCAGGAACCUAACUCAGGUCCCACACCCCCAGCCCAUCACCACCAGCUGUCAAAUAAGGCAAAUGGUGUCUGGCGUAGUAGGUACAUAGACCCCAGAGUGAGAUCGACCUGGUUUAAAUCCCAGCUCUGACAUUCACUGUGUGACCCUGAGCAAAGUACUUAACCUCUCUGUGCCUCCAUUUCUAUAGGUGCAAAAUGGGGUUAAUAAUUCUUACACCAGAGCCGUUAGACAGAUUAAAAAUGAUCUGACGUGGGAGUUCCCUGAUGGUUCAGUGGGUUAAGGACCUGGCAUUGUCAUGCUGUGGCUUGAGUUCAGUCCCUGGCCCCGGAACUUCCACAUGCUGCAGGCAUGGCCAAAAAGGAAAAAAAAAAAAAAAAAAAAAAAAGAUCUUACCUAUAAAAUGCUUAGCAUAAUGCCUGGAACACAGAAAAUGUUUAAGCAUUCAUUCGCUGGGUUACCCUCUAUCACUGAUUUUUAUUACCACUCACUGUCUCUCAUUUGGUACCAGAAUUUUAGAGUCUGGCAGUUGGCUGGAGACUGUUUUCCUUAAUCCCAUUGUCCUCCUCAGAAAAGCUGCCCUCACUCCAUUUGCAGACUUCACAAGAAUGCUGUGCCAUCGCUCAGUAGGGUGCUUUGACUCUUUCUGGGGUCUGGGAGAGCUCUGCCGACCCCAGGGGAUGCAGACUAGAGUAGGACUAUUGAGGGGGUGGGAGGGUAUGUAAGCAGCCUCCACAGCGUGUCCCCGUAUCCUUGAAGAAUAUCCUGUCUGGCAGGGCAUCCCCCUUCUCUUCCUGUGUGCUAGCCUGGGCUGGCCCAGUUCAAGAGCUUGUUUGCAUCUUGGCUUGGAUGGGCUUUCUUUCAAGCUCACCCACAGAGGGACAUGAGAGCUGAGUGCUCACUGCAUCCUAGACCUUCUUGGCCUCGCUCCCGGGAUCCGGUCCCUUCUAACCCUGACAGGUUCAUCCCAGGACAGGGUAAUGACCAGGAGGAAGCUCAGAGCCUCCCGGUACUUCCACUCACAGAUCCUGGCUCUUGCCUCUGCAGCAUCCCAGCCCCAUCUUUCUUCCAUGAGCGCCAGGGGUCAGUCCCCACUCUUCUGGAGUCUUACGUGAAACACAUUUGCCCCGUCCUCUUACUGCUCAGAUGGGAGGGAAGGCCAGGGGCCAGGGCUCGAGUCACAGCACUGGGCCUGGAACUCAGAACCAGCCUUUUCCUCCUCCACUGGUGACUUCCAGCUUCUUUCCAUGCUAGAGUCGCCUGAGACUUUUCAAAAACUCCCAAGCCCCAGCCACGUGCCACACCAGGGAAGUCAUACUGGGCAGGCUUCAGUGGUUUUUGCUCAGUUCCUCAAGUGAUUCCAAUGUGUAAACAGGUUUGGAAACUGAAGUCUUCACAUCCCCAAGAACCCUGAUAAACGGCCCCACCCAGGCUAAGUGCCUUGACUAAGGAUUACCCAUCAUACCUCAGUAGUCCUCUCUGGAUUUCUGACCUUCUAAACAUCAGGAGGGACUUACUCAAGUAUUAGUGAAAAACUGCCACAUAUUGUUCAGCUAUUGUGAAGUUAUGUAGACAGAUCCCUAAAGUUUCAAUAAAUUAAUAUUCUUAGACAAAUAUGCAAAACCACAAUCAAAAUUCUCCAAUAACACACUAAUAUCUUAGUUGUGCUUAUAAACAAUAAAGAUGAGUAUUGAAACUAAUUAAAGAUGGGUUUGAUUUUUUUCCCCUCUUUUGGCCUCCCCAAGGCAUAUGGAGUUCCCAAGAUAGGGAUCAGAUCCAAGUCUUGCAGCAAUGCCAGAUGCUUUAACCCACUGUGCUGGAUCGGGGAUCGAACCUGCAUCCUGGUGCUAUGGAGACGCUGCCAAUCCCAUUUUGCCACAGCAGGGUUUUUUAUGAAUAAAAUUCUGGAAAACAGAAAUAUACAUUAAAUCCCCUUAAAAUGUAACAUGAAAUAUACAAAACAAAAUGUUUCUUAUGGAGCUACAAUUGUUUCCAGAAAUUUUUUGGUGGCAUGAAGAAGUUCCUGGACCAGGGACUGAACCUGCGCCACAGUAGCCUCCCAAAACAGAAGUGGCAACACCAGAUCGUAACCUGCUGAGCCACAAGGGAACUCCAGUUUUCCAUUUUUUUCUAUUCCCACUGAGCAUUUAGAUACACCGUUUUAUCGUUUUUAUUUAUCUAGCAGUUGCACCCUGCUUCUUCCUGUGAAAAGAAUACAAGUAGACAAACAACUGUUGUAUAUUAAUUUGAUUCAAUUAUGCAUACAUAAUUUUUGCAGAACUUAAUUUCUUUGAAUCUCAAAUUUGGGGGUUAGUCCAGUCAUUUAUACGUGGGUUGUUGACUUCUUUCAAGUGUCCGCUGAAAGUAUUGGUUCUUCCUCGGGAAAAAGCAUAUACUGAGAUGAAAGCAGUUUUGCACAGUUUCUGGGGGCACCUGGACCCCCCCAAAUCCCCCAGGUCCCCAGUUCAGUCCAUAAAACAAACAAACAAAAAAUGAGGAAACAGAAGCCCAGAAGGCUAAAGUGAUUCGAGCUGCCAGCUACACUCUCAGGAUUCAAACUCCCAUGUCCAAUCCUCUGGCCAUUCUGGGAGGGAGAAGCCUAGGGCCUCUUUACCCGUGUUCAAAGUCUGAACCUGCUGCCUGUUGGCUGGCGAUGUGCGUGUGUUCACAUCACCCCUCAGUGCAUCGGUUUCUGGGUCUGAAGACUUCCCCACUGGCCUGUCCCCUUGUUGGCAUUAUAGUCAUGUUUGCUGUAGUUAUUUGCAAGGGGGGAAAGUAGCACUCAGGGACAGGCAGUUGUCUUUGGUCUCCAAGCUGCUACAUGAUGUGGCUCCAAAGCUGCUGUCCUGGCGCCACCUUCCUGCAUUCCCAGUUCCUCCCUGAUCUGACCGGCACAAGGAUAGCAUGCAGGGAAGUCCAGGAGCUGCUCUCAGAAAGCAGCCUUCAAGUUCAACACGGCGAGCCAACUCUCUCCUGCAGAGGAAGGACCAGCGAGAGGACCAGGAGGGAGGGAGAGGUCAGCUUUGUUGGAAGGUGAUGGAGAGACCUGGAUGCAGUGAGACCAGCCUGGGCGAGGGGAGGAGCGGCUGCCCAGGGGAGGCCUGGCCUCUGGGCACCACCCAAGGGGUCACAGAAACAGCUGGUAGCAGCAGCACAGGCCAAGGAGGGUAGCAGGGGCUGGCUGGGCUGGCUGGGCUGGCCGUGCUACAGAGGGGCUUCCUGGGAGUGUUCAGCCAACGAGUACCUUGGAGCAGCCCUGGGCUGAGAAUUCUGAAGCCCCUCCCUUCCUGGGCUGUGGGCCAGAUGGCCGGAACACUUUCAGUUUUAUUUCUCUGUCUGCGAGAACUGAAACCCAAGAGAGAGACUCCAGAGACCAGAACAUGGAAGAAGUCUUCCGGGCGUGCAGGAACUGCAAAAGAAGUGUGGCCUCUGGCCAUUUGGCCCUCCAUGAGGCCCACUGCCAGCUGUUCCUGGUCCUCUGCCAGGAGUGCAAGGGGCCAGUCCUUCAGACAGAGAUGGAAGAGCACUGCCAGGGUGGGCACAAGCAGGUGGGGUGCGCGAUGUGUCAGCAGAGCCUGCCGAGGCACUUGCUGGAGAUUCACGAGACCAAGGAAUGCCCAGAGCGCCCGGUCAAGUGCCAGUUCUGUGAGCUGGCCGUGCGCCUCAACAAGCUGGAGAUCCAUGAGCACCACUGUGGCAGGCAGACAGAGCUCUGCGCAGACUGCGGCCAGCACAUCAUGCUCCGCGUGCUGGCCCAGCACCGAGAUGUGUGUUGGGCUGAGCAGACCCUGCUCUGGAGAGGUGAGCUGGAAGGCAAGGAUUGUCAGCUCUCAGCAGGACGGAUGAGUGUGUGAUGAUAGAUUCACAGUUUCACAUCCGUCUGGCUGUUCUAGUUCCAGGCGCUAGAGUGGCUUCUUUUUUUGGGGGGGGGCUCACUCAGGGCAUAUGGAGGUUCCCAGGCUGGGGGUCGAAUCAGAGCUGUAGCCGCUAGCCUAUACCACAGCCACAGGAACCAGAUCUGAGCCGGGUCUGUGACCUACACCGCAGCUCGCAGCAACGCUGGAUCCUUAACCCACUGAGCGAGGCCAGGGAUCAAAGCUGCAUCCUCAUGGAUACUAGUUGGAUUCGUUUCUGCUGAGCCAUGACGGGAACUCCUAGGGCAGCCUUCUUGUAUGUGUUCUGUGGUCUUCAAGUGACUAGUCCAGGGAGACCAAGAGGCCAGGACAUGGGAACCUGGGACCCAUACACAUGAGCGCAGAGGCAAUGGGGCCCUACAAAAUGGGAGACGUCCUGUGUGCUCCUCCAGCACAGUUCCAGCCUGGCAGAGACCCACCUGCAUCCUCUUCCAGGUGAGAAACUUGCAUAUAGAAUGGACGGAGCUCGCUAGAGCAGAAACCAGACAGGACACUCAAGUUCCCUGAGCUUUUUCCACCAUGAGCAGCAGACUGAAGGGAACUAGCUGUAACUCCUGACCCUUGGGCCUAAGAGUUAUCCACCCAGUUCUCUGGACGCUCUUCACAUGGUGUGUUUACACAGAACACGAGCCAGCUGUGUGACAGAUCUCUUCACCGCUUGUUUUAGUCACACAGUAACACGUGGAAAGAACCUAAAAUCCCUUGGACUGUUAAGUCUCUCCUGGUAAACAAUGUCAUCAAAAUUGGCAAAUGAAGAAACGGAAUGCUUGAGAUUCGUGAUCAUUUCCAGUACAAUGGGGCUUCAACACAGCCAACAAACACAACUGCAUCAACACCGCACAGCUUCAACGAGGCUACACAGAUAAUGUGCAACAACUGUUUGGCUGAGCACAGAACUCAGAGACGGUGAAAUGCAAGCGCAAUCAGAUUGGACAGGACUGGCGUUGCAGUAACGGAUCCCUCCGCCUCCCGAGACACGGUCCCGCUCCAGGAAAACGUCUCUUCGUCAGGGCUGUGUGCUGCCCCGAGUGCACUUUUGCAGCUUGAAGGAAACGAUGGGGUGAUUCCACCAAGGGCUGCUCAUGUGGCCAAGGAUGCUGGCAGUGCAGGACACUCACGGCAGGCCGAGGACAGUUUAUCCUCAGGACUGCAGGUCAUGUGGGCAGUUGUGAGACAGUUGGGCUAGCCAUUGUCAAGGGCGAUCAUUUGUGGUGGUGGUGUUGUGCUUUUUCAGGGAAGAAAAUUCCAGCUCCUGAAAGCAACAUCUGCUGUCAUUAUUGCAAACACAUGAUCCCAGGAAAUAAGUAUUUCCACCACCUGGGUAGAUGCUGUCCAGUCUCAGAUUCUGUGAAAUAUUUUCCAACUGGGAAACUAGAAAUUCCUCCUUCAUCCCUUUCAAGUGAGGCUGCUGAAGAUCAAAUUUACAUAGCAGAGAAAGAUGUUCGUCCAAAGAUGAAAAAUAUAAAUGGAUUUCCCCUUCCUUCGGAAAAGUCAACAAGGCAAGCACCAAGAGGCACAAACAAAACCACAGAUCUGCCUUUGAAGUCUGAUGGCAAGCUCAGGGCGUCCUCUCCUGCAGAAGAUGAUGCAGCCUAUGACAUCCUGAGGGGGUGUUCUCAGUGUGGCAUCCUCCUUCCCCUGCCAACCCUAAACCAACAUCAGGGGAAAUGCUGGCAGCUAGCUUCAUCCAAAGGAAAACAAGUGAGAAGUUCCAGCUAGAUUUGGAAAAGAAAAGAGAUGUUGGUUUGCCCAAGAGCUACAGAUAAACCAGGAGAAAAACAGGCUCCAGUUCUUCCUGAGAUUUCCAAUCAAGCAUCUAGGCCCCACACAGCCUGGACACCCAGGGGAACCCAGCUUUGUCCCUGAAGAAUAAAAAGGCCCUCCUGGGAA